AUGAUACCAGCACCUCGGGGACUGCCGACUGCUUCAACAACGCCUGUGUCUUCCAGACCGUCGAGCCCUAAGCUAGCCGCAGGAUCUUCUCAUCACGCAAAGAUUACGCAAGCGCUGCAAAGCAUAUCCCAUCGAAACAAGGAGCACGCUACUUUACAAUUGAGAAGGGAGGUGGUCGAGACCCGAGUGAAAGAAAGGGAAAAUACGCGCAGGGCGUCGCAGCACAAGUAUGCCGAGUUCCCGUCUUUGAGAGAGACCCAUCGCAGGUCUGAGAAGAAAGACCAGGAGGACCUUGCUGCUUUGCGAAAAGAGGAGCAGGCUGCGCACGCGAGAUCUGUGGAAUCGUCCGAACAGCUUGCCUCGCUUAUCCUUCAGGUCUAUUCUGAUCUUCAGCAAGAGAAGGACAAACGCGCCGUCACAGCCACCAGCACAAGCAGUCUCGUGGAUCGGCUUGACAACUUAGAGAAACAGCACCAAGAAGACGUCAAAGAGCUUAAAAAGGGACUCGCAUUUGAGACUGCCCAGCGUAAGGCUCUGGACAUCGAGAAUAAGUCUCUCAAGGCCAAACUUUCAAAGUUGGAAGAAGAGGUUGAGAAAAAGCACAUCUCUACCUCAUCCGCACUUACGGAACAGGUCGACUCUAUCAAGCGCUUAAGUCAAGCCCAGCUUAAAACCACACCUGCGCCAACACUUGACGCUGCAGCUGAGGAUAAACAAGCGUCAGACAUUCAACAGUGUGUCGCCGACAUUGUGAAAUUGAGGGAUGUCCUGGGUCGACACGAUAAUCAUUUGGGACAAUUAGACCCCGACAUCAUUAACGAAGCCUGUUCGGGAUUCGUGACGAGGCUACCGCGACUAGAGAAGGAAUGCGAUAAUCUUAAGAAGCAACAGCAAGCCGCACAGAUGCUCAAAGACAGCGAGCAAGAUAAGCUCACAGCCGAUCUAAAGAGUCUUCGGUCUCGCCUAGAGAAGCUUGAGUCAGACGCAAAACAGCACGAUGAGCAGCUGCAAAACCUGAAAUCGUCAUCAGCACAGCAUGCCACUCGUACCACAAGCCUGGAGUCUUCUUGGGAGCGACUACAAGCAGACAUAGCGCAACUCAAAGUGGAUUCAAUCGUGCACCUAUCCCGUACCGCCACACUGGAAUCAGCGCCCAAGGAGCUCGCCAAGCAAGUUGACGCAAUGCAACAGCAGUUAAGCCAGCAAAGAGCAGAGGCGCAGCAGCCUACUGUACCUAAACAGACUCUGCCGGAUGCGCAGCAAUUUACUGCCAGCGUAAAUGAGAUCAAGUCGUCGAUGGACGCGUUGCAAAAACAAGUUAAUACGCUUGGUUCAACGGUUGGCGACACAUUUGUCAAGAAAGCAACGCACGAGACAAUCAACAAGAAUUUCCUCACAAUGGUCGGGGGAUGGAUUGACGAAAUACGAAAACGUCUCAUCGUGUUGGAAACUGGCAACGCCUCGAUCGACGGUUGCUCGAGAGAUUCGACAAUAACAAGACAAGGGUCGGAAAAGGCAGAGGCGGCGGUGCCCUCCCCUCGGCAGACAGCCGACCCUGUGAUCAAAAAGCUGUCGGAUCAAGUGGACAUGAACGAGAAGAGCCUCAAAGCUGUCCGUGGUACGAUUGACUCCAUAAUAGAGACCGAAAAGAUACACAUGGAAAGGAUCCAGGACCUCGAAGAGCAGAGAGCCAAAGCCGAUAAGCGAAUGGAUGGAUUUGAGCAGGGCCUGGGGAAUGUUCAAUUGAAGAUGGAGAAAAGGAUGGAGGUUGUUGACCAGCAAUAUCUUUCGCUGGAUUCGCAAAUGAACAAUUUGACGACGGAGGGGCUGUAUUCAGCUAUCAUCAGCCACCUCGACAAGGAGCAGCCCGGUGAGGCUCAGUUGGGACAAAAGGUCCAGACAAUCAUCAAACAAAUGAGCGAGCACGAGCACAGGCUGGUCAAGGUUGAGAAGUCAUCGAGACUAAGCGAAGAGCCUGCAAGGAAGAGGCAGAAGUUGAGUCCCAACGGCCACGAGCUGGCGUACCUUACCAACGGCAACUAUUGA